AUGGAUCAUCUAAAUUCCAGCGAGCUCCUGAAAAGAGCAAAGCAUCUAGUCUGGAUUGAAGCAAUUUUCCUUGCUAUCGUCAAUAUAAUGGCCAUCUCCGGAAACAUUUCUGUUUGCUACGCCGUGUAUAGAAACCAGAGACUUCGUUCGGUUUCCAAUAUGUUUAUUGUAGCGCUAGCUGUCAGUGAUUUACUAAUAUCUGUCAGCUGUAUGCCUCUGUCAGUUGCUACUGUCGUUCAAAGUCGAUGGGUAUUCGGGACUACUGUUUGUCAACUGCAGGGUUUUGCAGUUUUUACGUUUGGAAUGUCUUCUCUAAAUACUAUGGGGAUUAUUGCAAUCAGCCGAUAUUUUUGCGUAGUGAAACCAACGAGGUACAUUGUUUUAUUCAGAAAACAAAGAAUUUUGAUGUACACUGCGGCAGUAUGGUGUAUGGCUCUCAUUGGUUCAGUGCCUCCGCUAAUUUUUCAGACAGGCGGAUACACUUUCCAACCAGGAAAAGCAAUGUGCAUGUACCCAUUCCAAAGUAACAUUGCUUAUACCGUCUUCAUCGAAUGUGUGUUUGUCGCUACGCCCUUUACACUCAUCACUUUCUGCUACGCCAAAGUGUUCUACACAGUGUCAAGAUCAAAUCGUGUUUUCACGCAAGAAAAUAACCCUGAACAGCUCAGAGCAAACGUCGAAGAAGCCAAAGUGACAAAGACGUUAGCUUUGGUCAUGGCCAGUUUCUCCUUAUGUUGGCUUCCUAUCUGUAUUAUGGAUUACAUCGACGCAGCACGUGGAGAGCCCACUUUGCCACGACAAAUAUAUCUUACAUACGGGUUUCUGGCCUACCUAAGUAGUACAAUCAACCCCUUUAUAUAUGGCGCUACCAACAGGCGCUUCAGACGAGAGUACAAAACCAUUUUAAAAAAGAUAAGUUUGAUCUUUACUUGUGGUCGUUGCAGUUGUAGACAGAACCGAACGUCCGAUAAUCCACCGAACUUAGCGGUGACCGAGCUUUAA